AUGGCUCCAGGCUUUGUAAAACGCUUCAAGUUGGAGUCUGAGCCAGGUGCUUAUUCAACUUUCAGCAAUGGCCUCAGAUCGAACAAGGACCUCGAUCCGGUCCCUUUUGGAUCGGAGGAACGAAAAUGGACUUGGCCUUCGCUUUUGGGCUUCUGGAUUGCUGAGGCAUUCAGUAUCUCCAUGUAUCAGGUUGCGUCUUCUUCAAUUACCAAGGGAUUGAGUCCUGGAAUGGCAAUUGGUGCCGUUCUAGUCGGUCAUGUUCUGGUCUGCAUACCUGCGAUGGCUAACGGUUAUGUUGGAUGCAUCUACGGCGUUAACUUUCCUGUCCUGAUGAGGUCGACCUUUGGAGUCCGAGGAGCGUAUUUCGCAGUGUUUGUCCGAGGUGUCGUUGCUUGUAUCUGGUUCGGUACUCAAAGUUUCCAAGGAGGACAAUGCAUUCAAACAAUGUUGACAGCAAUCUGGCCCUCAUUUAAACAUUUCCCGAACCAUAUCCCUAUAAGCGCGCAUGUCACAUCGGCUCAGCUGCUCUGCUUCUUCCUCUUCAUCAUAGUUCAGUUGCCCCUCCUUUGGCUACAUGUCUCUAAGUUGAGAUUUCUUUUCAUGGCAAAGACGAUUGUGAUGCCAAUCUUUGGCCUUACUCUCUUCAUCUGGGCCCUUGUAGCUGCAAAGGGGUUUGGACCAACCUUUUCGAAGACAACCCACAUCAAAGACGGCACUCCUGUAGCUGUGGUCUUCUUUCAAUGUGUUACCACUGCCAUCGGACCAAAAGCAACACUCGCCCUCAACAUGCCCGAUUUCACUCGCUACGCUAAAUACCCCAAGCAAGUUUUCUGGACCCAGGCUGUCGGGCUUUGUGUCCUCGUCACCCUUUGUGGUAUCCUCGGUAUCACAGUCACGUCCGCUUGUCAAGAGAUCUAUGGCGUCACGACUUGGAACCCUCUGCAAGUCUCACUUCUCUGGGAGAAUCGCGCCGCUCAAUUCUUCUCCGCUCUCUGCUGGAUGUUUGCAGUUAUUGGAACCAAUAUUUCGGCAAACUCUGUGUCCUUCUCUAAUGACCUUUCACUCUGGUUCCCUAGUUGGAUCAAUGCCAGAAGAGGUGCAUACGUCUGUUGUAUUAUAUCUGUUGCUGCUACCCCAUGGAAUAUUCAGUACAGUGCCGCGUCUUUCUCGGCUUUCUUGGGUGGAUAUUCCUUGUUUCUUGGUCCCAUCGCUGGCAUUAUGUUGUCAGACUUCUGGAUCCUUCGUAAUCGUCAAUUGAACUUGUCAAGUCUGUACAGACACCCAGACAUCUAUUCCUUCUUCCACGGCUUCAACCUCCGUGCUUUCGGGGCCUUCAUUUGCGGCAUUGCGCCGAAUUUGGCGGGGUUGGCGAAAGCGACAGGGAACAAGCAUGUACCCAAGGGAGCGACUUAUGUUUAUAGUCUGAGCUGGCUUGUUGGUACUGUCGUUGCAUUUAUUGUGUACACGGCUGCGGGAAAGAUCUGGCCAAUGGAGCAGAAAUUUGAUGAUGGACAAGUGAUGGAUGGUGUUGACAGGUCAAGCGUGAGCAAUAGUGAUGAGGAGGUGAAGGCUCAUAUGGAUGACAAUGGAAGAAAGCUGUAG